AGGAAUUCUCUUUGUUCAAUUUCUACCAUUAUCGUCGACGGAAACCCCUCACUUCACCCGUUCAGUGGAAUCGGUUGUUGAAAAGAAAAACAACAACAACUGGUGCGACUAGCAAAAAUAGCAAAGCAACAACCGAUUUGUUAAGCGGUCUUUUUAAAGAACGCAAUUCCUCUGUAGUGAUGAACUUCUUCUCAAGCUCCAAGCCCCAGGCAGACCCUCCGGCGGCGGCUCCGGGGCCCGCCACCACCAUCGGCGCCGUUGCUCCUGUUUCACAGUACCCCCGUACAUCGUACAGCAAAUGGGCCCAGGCGCUUGUGUGGCUGAACUGCGCUUCUCUGGUUGUGUGCGGGUUCCUGACCUUCGUGUUUGCGUGCAUCAGGCCUAAGCGUGUGUCACAUUUCUUCCUCUCUAUCUACAUGAUGACGUUCGGCGCUCUGUGCGUGAUGGCCGAGCUGCGGCUCCCCAUUGCAGAGCGCAUGUUCGGCAUUCUGUGCACCAAGGCGGGCCUCGCGUACUGUUUUAUCUUUGUUGGCACUCUCGGCAUCUCAUUUUGGGUUGGCACGUACGCCGGCGUCUUGAUUCCCUUUAUUUCUGGCAUAUUCAGUGUCGUGAUUGGUGGCUUGUGCAUCACAGACAAACUGAUGAACCCGCAGGGUGCGGGCAGCACGCGGGCGACAGAGACCACUGUUGUGUAA